CCUUUUUAGUCAAUGUUCGUCGUCUCAUCUUUGUUUUUCAUCAUUCUUUGUUCUUACUUUUUGUUUUUUUUCCUCCCCUCUUAGCUGAGGAAACAAAGAGAAUCUUUCCUCCUUUGUCUCUGUCUCGUCAGUUAAUCGUAUUGCUCAUCGGGUCUCAAAGUUUCGGAGCUUGGUAUUGCGCCCUUUUUUGAGUGGUUUUUUGAAUUAGUUGAAACAAUGGUUGGGAUCUUCUCGUUGGUGACAGGGUGGCCAGGACCAAGCGGCUUUGGUUCAGCUUCCACUGCGGAGGUUACCGAGGGAAUUGAUGGAAGCAACCUAACUGCUAUAAUAACCGGUGGAGCGAGUGGAAUUGGGCUGGAGACUUCAAGGGUAUUGGCUCUUCGCAAAGUCCAUGUCGUCAUUGCUGCCCGGAACUUGAAAGCUGCCAAUGAAGCAAAGAAAAGUAUCCUAACAGAGGAUGAAACCGUCCGUAUAGAUGUUCUGGAGCUCGAUCUUUGCUCUAUCAAGUCUAUUAGAGCAUUCGCUGACAAUUUCCUCGCUCUUAAUCUUCCUCUCAAUAUCUUAAUAAACAAUGCUGGGAUCAUGUUCUGUCCCUUUCAGCUUUCUCAAGAUGGAAUUGAGGUGCAGUUUGCAACUAAUCAUAUUGGGCACUUCCUCUUAACAAACCUUCUGUUAGACAAUAUGAAGAACACAGCUAAAGCUACUGGUAUUCAGGGGAGGAUUGUUAUCUUGUCAUCAAUAGCCCACAGCCACUGUUAUGAAAAUGGGAUCCUAUUUGAUAAGAUCAGUGAGAAAUCUGGUUACAAUGACAAAAAAGCAUAUGGGCAGUCGAAAUUAGCAAACAUAUUACAUGCCAAUGAACUCUCUCGUCGAUUGCAGGAGGAAGGUGUGAACAUCACAGUCAAUUCGGUGCACCCAGGAUUGAUUAUGACGCCUCUCUUCAGGCACUCUGCAAUUUUAAUGAAUAUCUUGAAGUUCUUCAGUUUCUUCCUCUGGAAGAAUGUACCCCAGGGGGCAGCUACAACCUGCUACGUCGUGCUCCACCCAAGCCUGAAGGGAGUGACGGGGAAGUACUUUGCGGACUGCAAUGAGAUGACACCAAGUUCAUAUGCUAGAGACGAAGCGUUGGCGAAGCAACUAUGGGACUUCAGCAACCAAUUGAUUCACUCUGUGUUAAAACUUUGAUCAAACCAGCAGCUCAAUCAAGACAGAAGAAGCCUAGGUUGUCCUAUUCCUAUACGUUGGAACAGUUACGGUUGCCCUAUUCCUUGGUCUCCUGGUGUUUAAAGUUUGCCAUUCUAAAUUUAUUUAGUAGUAAUACGGGUUCUCCACCUUGGCAUGGGUGGGAUGAUUAUCACUAUGUUGAAGCAUGAAUUAUAGUAGAAAUAAAAAGCUUCAUGCAUUUGUUCAUUUUCAUGUUUCCUAGGAAUAAAAUCCUUUGCAUAUUUCUUGA